CAGUCAACAUGGACGAUGGCAGUGCGGUCUCGGCGAAGAGAGACGAAAUUCGCGUUCACUCGCCGUCGAUCUGAACCGCAAAGGUUUCGGAAAAGUGCGGCGACUUCAGCAUGGCCAAUGGCGAGGAAAUAUUCCUCCAGUCCCCACUAGCUGCGUGGGUAAAAACAUUUUACGAUGAUGAUGGCAAGCCAUUGGACUUCAAGCAACUCUGUGAUGGCGUCUUUCUGCACACCGUUUGGCUGCAGAUUGACGCCCAUCCCAUGUACUCCGGGGUAAUAAAUCCAGCGACGGACAUGACUUCUCGACUACGGAAUCUCAACAUGCUGCUGCACAACAUCAAAGUGUUCUACGAGGAGGUCCUAGAACAAGUGCUAGUUAUGCACCUUCCCAACGUGGUCAGCAUUGCCAAAGCGACCUUUGACGAGAGCAGUGAGCAGGAGCUGAGUCGUCUGCUCCUUCUGAUGCUGGGCUGCGCGGUACAGUGCGGCCGCAAGGGACGCUUCAUCGAAGCCAUUCGAAGACUCGACCUGGCCACCCAGGCCUCCUUGGCCGAAGCAAUCGCCUCCAUCACCGACAAUCCGGAUUCAGUCUGGACGCGGGACUGGGGUCGUCUAGAGACACUGCCCGAAGCUGACCGGCCGCGCAUGUACGCCACUCUAGUCCGUCACGUAGCCACCCUCUCCCGACAACGAGACAGUGCAGCGCAGCGCCUAGUGAACCUGACGUUGGAGCAGGAGUCCAGUGGCAGUGCGGACAGUCCGGGCGAUCAGGUGUGGGGUGGCUCCGAUGCACCUUCGCCCCAAGCGGCCGACUCCAGACUUGGCGUGGAACUGGCCGACACCAAAGCCAAGCUUCGCCGUUGUCAGCAGGAGCUAGAGGAGAAGCUCGAAGUACUGUCUGAACAAAAAGAGGAGCUCAGUCAGCUGAAGGAGGCGAUUGCCAGGUUGCGACAAGAGAACUUGGAGCUUGUGCAAGAUGCGAGAACAGCGAAGGCCUAUAGGGACGAGAUCGACAUUCUCAAGGAAAAGGUGCUGAAGCUGGAUAGACUUGAAAGUGAGAUACAGAGGUACAAAGACAAGAUGAGCGAACUCGACUUCUUCCGCAGCCGAGUUGAGUAAGAACUGCGCGAGGACAAGCGCAUCCUGGGUGAAACGAAGGCCAUGCUGGAGGAACAACUGGAAGGCAGUCGGCGACGCGUGGAGCAUGCUGUGCAGCUCGAAGCCCAGCUACUCAAGGCCCGUGCUCGUCUCAGCGAAUGCACCUUGGAGCGUGAUCUGGACCGGAGCCAGGUGCAGAAGCUGCUGGAGCAAAACGCGCAGCUGCGGCUUGAGCACCAGGCCACCCUGGACGAGAACGUGCAACUCCAAGGGGAGCUGCAGAGGCUGCGAGCGCAGGCCACAUCCCCACGCACAGAGAACAGCCUGCUAGAGCAGCUGAACACAGAUGCCGAGACCAGAGCGUUGCACUUUGAGCUGGAGAACAGGAGACUGCAAGUCCUCCUUGACGAGAUGAAGGCACAGGUGCAGGAGAGUCCUACCAAGAAAGAGUUACAGGCACAGUGUGCUUUGGCCAAUGAGCGACUUGAGCAGCUCGAACAAGAAAACGCAACGAAGGAGCAGCAGCACGAAAGCGACCGUCAUCGAAUAGCAGGCUUAGAGUCGGAAAAGGCAGAAUUGCAGCGUCAACUAGAAAUCAGCAAGAACGAGUGCGCCAAAAUCGAAGAACUUGAAAAGGCUGCCCUGGCGUCGAAUCUAGAAGCGCAAAGACUGCAGAAGGCUCUCGAUGCGUCACAGAGCAGGCUGUCUUCGUGUAGGACCGAGCUUCAGGCAGCAGAAGCAGAGAAUGCAAAGUUGCAGUCUACAUUGGAGUCUCUCAAGAGUCAGCUCCAAAGGAUGCACAGCAUCGAGCUGGAAGGCGCGGACCUGGAAACAUGGCUGCACCGGGCCGAGCAGGAGCGCCGAUCUUUGGAUCGCGAAGCGAGUCGGCUACGGUCGUCGCUUCAGGCCAAGGAUCAAUCGCUGGACGAGCUGUCCUCGCGGGUGUCUACUCUGGAACGGGAGAAUCAGCAGCUGCGCAAGGAAGCCCAGAAGGCAGCCGCUUCGGCUGCUCACAACCAAGACCUGGAGCACCGCUGCCAAGAGUUGUCCCAGAAGGCCUCGCUGGAAGCAAAGGCCCUCAGUGAUCUACGACAGGAACUCGUAGAAGAGAAAAUGCGCAACGAACAACUGACCAGUGAGCUUGACCGCAUCGCCACAAGUUUGGAGCUGACAACGAGCCUGUGGAAAACGCAGAGAGAAAACAGCCGAGAAACGCAGGAGUCUCCGAGAGAGCCGACUUUCACGCCACUUUUCUGUCUCGAGAAGACCAAAGCUGUGUUGGAAGAGGUUGAAAGUUUGUCCAGCGUGAGUGCAGAAGACAAGAGAUCCAAAGCCGAUCGAGAAGCCAUUCUGCCCAAAAGCACCGAGCUGAUAGAGUGUGUUCCCGAGUUGACGAACAGUGUGGACAGAGACAAGCUGAUCUCAAAGAAAGUCGUGGAACUAAAGGAGAGCAUUCAGGCACUUGAAAAGAAGAAUGGCUGCCUUGAGGAAGAAGCCUGGCGCCUGCGUAGCCAGCUGCAAGCGUUGCAAGAGCACACAGCUUCCUUGCAGGGGCGAGCAACGAGUGGAGAACAGCGCCACCUGGGGCUACAGGCUCAACACGCUCAACUACAGGUGGAGGCAGCCUAUUUAGGAUCACAGCACACUGCCCUGCAGCAGAAAGUGUCGGAGCUUCAGGAGCAGCUGCUGAAGACCGAGACACAACGAGAUCAACUCUCUGUGGAAAAGACGGAGCUGGCUCAGAGCAAGGAGGCACUGAUGCGCGACCACCAGGUGCUGGAGAAACUGCAUGAGCAACUGUCGGCCGACUACCAGGCCCUGGCGUCAAACCUCAGCUGCGUCAAGGCCUCGUGCAAGUUGCUCAAGCAGGAGAAUGCAAGCCUCAAGGAGCAACUGGAGGAAGCAAACCUUUCAAGUGAGGUGCUGCGACUGGCCCAGGAUGAACCAGUGGCAAAAAACCUGCGCUCUGAAAAUGCCAAACUAAAGGAAGAGCUGAGUGCUGCCCGACAAGCUGAGGAGAAAUUGCGCGCUGAGUUCGACGCCUUAAAGACUCAGCAUCGGACGCUGAAAGAGUCGCACAGCAACCUGCGCUCGGACCACAGCCGCCUUCGCGGGGAUCUCGAGGAAAGUCGCAGUGACCUUGUAGCAGCACGGAUGGAUCUCUCGCGACUGGUUGCCAGCUACGAGGUGCUCGCACAGGCGCAGGGAGAGCUGCAAGAGGAGAGGAGGAGGCUCCUGUCGGGAAUCUCGUCCCUCUUGAGUCGCUGCAGAAACGUGCUGCCCGAAUCUUCACUGCCCGGUAUACAAGAAGACAGGGUCCUCCUACGUGAGCUCGAGUCGCUCAGGGAUGACCUCGAGGGACGCCUACGAGAUUACGCACGAAAGUUAGACGGGAACCUAUCUCUGUCAAAAGAAUCUCUCUCGAAGUCAAGAUCUGGUUACUUGAGUUGUAAUGUGUCACAGAUGAACGACGUCCUGAGCGUACCGAUUGGCUCUAUAGGCAAUGGGCUGUGCUCUCAGAGCCGUUAUCAAAGCGAAUAUGGCGACUACAAUGGCCGAAAUCCCUGGGGGAGUGCACCUCAAGAUGACCAAAUUCCUGUGCGUGACGUUGGGCCCCUGGCCCAGUCUGCCCGCUGUCACGGAUCGUCGCCAGAGAGCAGUCUCGCCCACUUUUCUAACUCCUGUGUGCUUCAGGAUGUGCCACCAACCUGCUCAACUCCUCUAAGCACACCAAAGCAACAAUCUAGCCCACUGCCAGCCCUAGCCCCGCACGUGACCGUCGAGAACCACACCACCGUGAACAUGGUGACUCACGUGAACACGGCGCAACCGCACACGUCCACGCCGCACAGUUUCUCGCGCACGCCCGCUCUGCGACACUCCAUGUACUCGCGGCUGCGCGGAGCUGGCGUCGGCAACUCGCCCGGCCUGCGGGCCCCUCUCAGGCUGUGCACGUCUCAGGAGAAGCUACUCCUCGAUGACGGCACAGACUUCGACGCCUCGCAGAGCUCGACUGACCACGCCAAUCAACCAGGCAGCCGUGAGAAAAGAGCAAACGCCGUUUGGUACGAGUAUGGUUGUGUCUGAGUGUGAUCUAGCUAAGCAGUCCACUACUGCAAUUCUUCUGCCUGCUACUUUACUGGUUGCCGCUAAAGCCGCUUGUUUGCUUAGCACAUCUUUCGUCGCUCUUUGCGCAGCCAUGCGCUACAUAAAUCGGUGUCAGCUAUGACGACCCUGAACAACGCACAGCUGAAUGUUUGAAAGCCUGGCGCUCGCUUGUGCUCAGCACUUGAGAAGCCUACGUGUCCAGCGUGUUGAAAGCAGUAGGUCCGCCUGUUGAACCUCACAGAUGCAAGAAAAUUUCCUAGUGAAUCUCAGCCAGCAAAUGUUCGAUGCGAUUAGUGCGACACACGCUCACUUGGUACAGCGCAUAUAGGAAGUUGUCGAGAGUUUGGGCUUGAGAGAUUUAGUCUAUUUACAGGCAUUCUGUAAUGCACUAGCGAAGAACUGCAGGCAGGCUUGCCAGCGCAACAAAACAAGUUAAUUGGUGAAGACACGGCUGAGUAUACUGAAUAGCCGAAAAUAUACUGAAAUAUACUGAAAAAAAAACUGCAAAUGAAACCAAACUGGUUAAAAAGGUUAUCGUACUAGUUAACAGAUGCUCACUUGCUGGUCUUUGCUAAACGGUCCAUGCUGCUUGGUUUCCAUACCCAGAACCCACCGUAUCUCCCACCACUGGUUAGGAGUGAAUAAUUCUUGUAUCCGCGUUCUGUGCACAUGGUUACUUUGCCGACAUUAUUGAGGGUCACAUUUUUACUUCACGUUUCGGAGUUGUAGCCCAUAAUUUGCUCUCAUCAUAAAGCAGCCGACAUGAUUCACAUUUCGCUGUCUAAAACGCCCAAGAAUUUCCAGACUGCAGAAUGCAGUUUGGCUAUCACACUUACGUGCUUUACGUAAUCAUUUCGCCGAGAAUAACAUAGGAUGAUGCUGAGCCACAAAUGUACAAUCUACUUAUCACC